GUUGAGGAGGCCUAACGGAGUGAGUGCUACAGUAGCGGUCUUUCUAUAGGCUAAACUCUUCGAACUUUUUUCCGGUUUAGUUGUCAAACCCUUGUUUUUUAGCCUGCAGAUUCUCCUCUCUUCAGCGCACGGUUCAGUUUAGGAGAAAGCGUUGCUUUCUGAAAUGGCUGCAAUCGCAGGACGUGCUGGAUCAAAGGGCUUGUCAUUCCUCCACAAAGCCCUCACUUCGGCCGAAAGAUCUAACCUUCGUCGAUCCUUUGUCUGCCCUACUCUUUCCAAUCACGAGCUAUUGAGAAAUUAUGCAACCGCCCCUGCUUCGAAAGAACAAAAAGUUAAGGUGCCCUUGACAAUGUAUGGGGUUUCUGGAAACUAUGCCUCUGCUUUGUACCUUGCAGCUGUGAAGUCAAACACGCUAGACAAAGUUGAGUCAGAACUCUCUGACCUUUCUGCGGCUGCGAAGAAAAGUCCUACAUUUUCUCAGUUCAUGAAGGAUCCAUCUGUGCCUUCUGAAACUAGAGUGACUGCCAUUAAGGAAAUUUGUGCUCUGGCUAAAUUUGGAGAUGUCACAAGGAACUUCUUGUUUGUUUUGUCUGAAAACGGGAGGCUGAAAGAGCUUGACCGCAUCGUGAAACGAUUCAAAGAGUUAACCAUGGCACACAGGGGAGAAAUUAAAGCCAUUGUGACUUCUGUAAUUCCCCUUCCUCCAGAAGAGGAGAAAGAAUUGAAGGCCACACUGCAGGAGAUGGUUGGGCAUGGGAAGUCUGUCCAAAUUGAACAGAAGAUUGAUCCAAGCAUCCUUGGUGGCCUUGUACUGGAAUUUGGGCAGAAAGUCUUUGAUAUGUCGAUAAAGACUCGGGCCCGCCAGAUGGAGAGAUUCCUUCGUGAACCACUCAACUUUUGAAGAGAAGAAAGCUGUAUUUCACUCUUGAGUCCUUAAUAUGCAUUUUUUCUUGUUUGUGAUAAGAUAAGAUUAUUCCUGUUGUGUUUUUUUUGCAAAUAAAAAAUCUUCGUUUUUUGUGAGAUUUGCUUGGGAUAAAGAAAACCCCUAAUUAUCCUGUGAUGUUUUUACCUGAUUCACAUCCUUGAAGUCUUGAACCAGCAUAAACUAUCAUAUUUCCCUAAUAGAUGUUCUUAUGUUAAGUUCCAACAUGCUUAUCUUUAGUAACAUUUGUAUAGUUAAUACUAGUAUUUUUUAAAUUGGAUACGAUCAUACGAGGAUCAGACAACUUCCUCAUUGAUUGACGUGUCACAUUUUUUUGGUCACAAACACAAUGGGACAGAGGAAGUUCUAUGACGUGUCAUUUACCAACAUAGGAUUAUAAUUAUAAUUAUAAUAAUGCAAAUAAGGUGGAUUGUGCGAACUACCAAGGUUGUCCGAAAGUAAAGUUAACACACUGAGAUACUACGUAAUUCUUUUUCACAAUUACUCCAUUGGUUCAGUGGAUUGAUCAUUGAAUUCAGAUUUUCCUAUGCUCCAUUCUAGCCAAGUAACAGUAUAUUGUACUCCGUAAAACGGUAAAAGUUUCGCUUGAUUUAUUUACAUUAGUUCGUUAUAAUCACUAUAUACUAGGGCUGGACUGGGGCUGGUUCGGGCCCGGGCCUAGGCCCAGUCGGGCCGGCGGUUCUGGAAUGGGGGCCCGGAACAGGCCCGGGUAAUCCCUGGUUCUGGGCUGGGCCUCGGGCUUUGUUAUUUUUUUCCUUUUCCUAGUUAACCCCCAACCCCCCCCCCCCACCCCCAAACCACCCCAAAUGGCCCAAAAUACCCAGCCCAACCCGAAAAGUAAAAAAAAAAUGAAAAAAAAAAAAAUUAAAAGGCCCGGAAUCGUGCCCGAACUGGCCAGGCCGGUUCAUGAUUUGGGGGACCCGAGGUAGGACCGGAACCCACGCGGGUCGGGCCUACCCGGACCGGUCACUGACCGGGCCACCGGGCCGGGCUGGAACACUGCCGGUUCGGGCCGGUUCCGGGUCGGGCCACCCGGCCGAGUCCAGGCCUGCUAUAUACAUUUACAAGGUGGGUUAUUAAAAAAGAAUGGCACCUCAUCGGCUCAUCCUAGAAGACCCCUCAGACCUGAUCCGUAAUUAUUUGGGAAGAUAUAAAUUGAGUUCUGAUUAAAAAAGAGUGGGGUUUAAUUCUAACUUUCUAAGUCAUUGCUUUGAGUUGAAUUUCGGACCCCUCAUUUGUGAUACCCUCUUCGUAUAAGGUUGGUUACUAAUAUAGUGAUAUAUUACCUCCGCUCCACAAUUUUUUUC